UUUAAUUAUUUAACUUCGUCAAUAAAAAGUUAAUAAGUCAAUUAUGUCUAAUAACACUGAAACUAAUAUACCUAUAGGAUUUACUGAAAAUUCUAACAAUGAGUGGGUUAAUUGGAUUGAAGAAGCUGUUGCGAAAAAUUACUUUAAAUAUUACGAAUUCGAUAAUUUUAGAAAUGUACAAAAAAUUGGUUUUGGAGGGUUUGGGGAAGUUUAUCGUGCGAACUGGAAAAGUUCUCGUAAUUAUUUGGCAUUAAAAUCUUUCCCUGAUUUCAACGACGUCACAAUUAAAGAGAUCGUUAAGGAGCUUAAAAUUCAACGUGAAGUGGAUUUUCAUGAGAAUAUUAUUCGUUUCUUUGGCGUUACAAUAGAAAAUUCAAAAAAAUAUUGGUUAGUAAUGGAAUAUGCAGACGGUGGUACUCUUCGAGAAUAUUUGAAGAAAUGUUUUGAUAAUCUUACCUGGGAUAAUAAAUUUGAUAUGGCAUUUCAAUUGGCCAGUGCUAUAUUAUGCUUACAUGAUGAAGAAAUUAUUCACCGUGAUCUGCAUUCCAAAAACGUAUUAGUUCAUCAAAAUAUGAUUAAAUUGGCUGAUUUUGGUCUAUCAAAGAGAAUUGAAGAAUCAUCUAACUUCCGUUCUUCAAAAUUAUUUGGAAUAAUGCCUUAUAUUGACCCAAAAAGUUUUAGUAAUGGAGAUUAUAAAUUAAAUGAAAAAAGCGAUAUUUAUAGUAUUGGAGUACUUUUAUGGGAGAUAUCUAGUGGUAAACCUCCUUUUUAUACUGAAGGUAAACCAUAUGAUAUUUGUUUAGCACUUAGUAUAUCACAAGGCUUUAGAGAGACGCCCAUUCCCGAUACACCUAUAGAUUAUUUAAAUAUUUAUACUGAUUGUUGGAAUAAUGAACCAGAUAAUCGUCCAACUAUCAAUCAUGUAGUCUCUAAAUUAAAUGAAAUUAUUCUAAAAAACAGUAAGAAUACUAUGAUUAUAGAGGAUUCUUCAUCAAUGGAUUCUUUGUCAAAUGAUUCUCAUACAAACAUCCAAUUAGUAUCAAAUAAACAGCAACUUAAUUUGGAUGCCUUUAAAAGUUUAACACAUGAUGAAUUAUCCAAAUUUAUUCAAGAUUUUAAUGAAAUUUUAUUAAAGGAUUCUUUAUUAAAUGAUUCUCAUACAAACAUCCAAUUAUCAAAUAAACAGCAACUUAAUUUGGAUGCCUUUGGAAGUUUAUCACAUGGUGAAUUAUCCAAAUUUAUUCAAGAUUUUAACAAAAUGAAUACUGAAGACAUGGAACCUUUAAUGUUAUUAAACAAUAAUUUUAUGAUACGAACUGAUGAAAUGGUUAAACUUUCUAAUAAGAUAUGGAUAAAUGUAGAUAGACAAAACAUUUAUAAUUAUCUUAACAAUCAUAAUAUUACUUCACAAGAAAUAUAUAUUUGGCUAUUAAAUAAUCAACAUUACUCAAAUUCUAUUGCUUUACUUGGAGAUUUUAAUUAUUUAGGAAUUGAGAUUGAAGUUGAUGAAAAUAAGGCAUUUGAAUUAUAUCGAAAGGCAGCAGAUUUAGGAAAUAUUAUAGCUCAAUAUAAUCUUGGAUGUUGUUAUGAAAAAGGAAUUGGAACUGAUAUUGAUAAGGAGAAAGCAUUUAAAUUGUAUCAAAAGGCAGCAGAUUUAGGAUAUAUUAUAGCUCAAUAUAAUCUUGGAUGUUGUUAUGAAAAAGGAAUUGGAACUGAUAUUAAUAAUGAAAAAGCAAUUGAAUUAUAUCAAAAGGCAGCAGAUUUAGGAAAUUCAUAUGGAAUAAAUAAUUUAGAUAUUGUUAUCAACAUGGAAUUGGAACUGAUAUUGAUAAGGAAAAAGCAUUUAAAUUGUACCAAAGGGCAGAAGAUUUAGAAAAUGCAUUUGGAAUAAAUAAUUUAGGACUUUGUUAUAAAAAUGGAAUUGAAACUGAUAUUAAUAAUGAAAAGGCAUUUAAAUUAUUUCAAAAGGCAGCAGAUUUAGGAAAUACAAAUGGAAUAAAUAAUUUAGGAGAUUGUUAUAAAUAUGGAAUUGGAACUGAUAUUGAUAAGGAGAAA